AAUGAAUUCUGUAAAACUUUUCAAAACAUUUUUAAACACUUCCAAACUUGAUGUAAUAUUUUACACAUCUCGUCAUUUAUCUCAAGUACAAGAACUUAAAACGAAAACAAUUUCUUCAACGCGACAGUUAAUCAAUUGUAAACGACGUGAAUUCGAUCUUUACGAAGGUCUUUCAUAUUCAAAUUAUGGUGAUAAUGUUGAAGUUAAAUUGGCUUCAAAAGGAUGGAAUCACAAAAAAUCUAUUGGGGAUUGGUUUAUCUUAUAUCCACGACCAAAAAAUUGUACUACACUGGAUGAUAAUAGAACAUUCGAAAAAUUGGGUAUUUCGAAACAUAUGUGCCAUAUUUUAAAAUCAAUGGACAUAACUACACCAACUAAAAUCCAAUCGAAAGCAAUUCCUAUAAUAUUUACUGGCAAAAAUUGCAUAGUCGGUGCACAAACAGGUAGUGGAAAAACGUUAGCGUAUUUGUUACCAAUGAUUGAACGAUUAAUCGCAUGGAAGAAACAAUUUGAUGAACGACCAAUGAAUUCACCAUUAGCCGUUAUUUUACUACCAAGUCGUGAAUUAACAUAUCAAAUUGGUGAAGUCAUCAAUCAUUUUGCAAGGGAUUUCAAUUUGAAUGUAAAUGUUAUAAUCGGUGGUCGUACCAAAAAAAUGAUGUUAAAUCCAGAAUUCAAUCAAUCGGAUAUUGUGGUUGCGUCACUAGGUGCUAUUAGUAAAUUAACAACUACCGGAAUAUUUCGUAUGGAAAAUUGCCGACAUCUUGUGUUAGAUGAAGCGGAUACUUUACUUGAUGAUAGCUUCUACGAUAAAUUGCAUUAUUUUCUCAAACAUUUUAGGUUACAAUAUGGUGGCGUCAAUUCAAAUGCACAAGGUACACAAUUAACACUUGUAAGUGCAACGAUUUCACCAAACAUGAAAGAACAAUUAAACGAUAUACUUCCAGUGGAUUCAUUAGAAGAAAUUACAUUAAAUAAUUUACAUUCAGUGAUGGAACAUGUACCACAAAAAUUUAUACGUUUAGGACGAUCUGAUAAACCAUCACAUUUGUUGAAAUUAAUCAAAGAGAAUCAAUUAAAAAAAGAACCAGUGAUUAUAUUUAGUAAUAAAUCGUCAACGUGCGAUUGGAUCUCGAUGUUUUUAAAUUCAAAUGGUAUCAAUUGUAUUAAUUUAAAUGGUGAUAUGUCGUAUCAUAUACGAUCUGGUACCUUUCAAGAAUUUCAAGAUGGAUUCUAUGAUGUUAUAUCGUGUACGGAUAUUGGAUCACGUGGUUUAGAUACUACACGGGUGAAACACGUACUAAAUUACGAAUUUCCAAUGCAUACAGCUGAUUAUAUACAUCGUGCAGGUAGAGUUGGUCGUAUUGGAAGCCCCGAUGGAUGUUAUGUAACAAAUUUUGUUAGUGGAACUAAAGAAGUUGAAAUUGUACAAAAAAUUGAGAAUGCUAUUCGACAAAAUACGAACAUACCAGACGUAAAUGGAAAUAUUACCCAAGUGAUAUCAAAUAAAAUGUUUAAAUCAAUACGAAAUGAUAUUUCAAAUGUGGAUCGAUUAUAGUUUGGAUCGAAUUAUUUUUAGUGUUGUGAACAUAAUUAAUUCGGUAUCUUUUUUAGGCUUAGGACAAUUUUUUGUUAAUUAAG